AUGUCUUUGCCAUUCACUCCAAAGAAGAAGGUCGAGUUGGAGGAUGUAGUCUCGCAGCUACAGACCCAGAACAAGAUGUUGGAACAUAUUGUUCAACAACAACAGAAACAACAGGCACAGAUUGAUCAAAUAUUGAAACAACAACAACAGUUGCUAAACUUGACACUUACCGAACACUCAUCUCCUGACUCUGCAGCAUUGGCGAACAAGUGGCCAAAGCCCUUGCCCAAUGCUCCUGGUCCGGGUGCAGUGCCACGUCCAUUGUUGUUGGAAGGUGCUGGUGGUGACAAUCCACUACCAAUGGAUAAGGUCAAGGUUAUUGUCACAAUGGAUGGAGGUGGAUUUAGAGGAUUGAUCUCAAUUCAAAUGUUGCAGUACUUUGAAGACAUGCUAGGAGUCAACAUUUCAGAGGUUGGCGAUCUGUUUGGAGGAACGUCCACUGGAGGUAUCCUUAUGCUUGGCAAGCUUAAUAAGCUUUCCAACAAGGAUCUAGAGAUUAUAUACAAGGAACUGGGUACAAAGGUACUUCCAGUCUCUUGUAAGAACAUAAGGAAUGGAUCACUUGCCAACUCAAAGUUGAUGCAUGGUGAGCUGUCCAAACGAUUCCCAUCGUCACCAAUCAGGACAUUCUUACCAGAGAGGAGGGCGUUCGUGUCAGUAUGUGCCAAGAAGCAUGGAUUGUCCGAACCCUAUCUCCCAUAUGUCCUAUCCAACUAUGUCAAUGAGACUAGAAAGUUGGCCAAAGGACGUUCAGUGAUGUCUACCUCUGGCAACUCAUUCGAGAAUAUCUCUGUGGUCGAUGCACUGCGAGCAACAUCUGCUGUACCACUCUUGUUCGAAUCACCCAAGGUCGGCGACUAUACAUUCGUUGAUGGAGGAUUCAAGAAUAAUAACCCAACAAUGAAUGCAAUUGAUGAGGCACAUGACUUGUGGGGACAAGAAACUCACUUGAUAAUCAUAUCAAUUGGAACUGGACGUUACAACUCAAAGACGAUACCAAUCGAGAAGCCAAAGUCCAAGAAGAAUGCAAUGAUGAAGAAGAUAGAUACUGUCACUGAGCAGAUCACCAGCAGUAUCUUUGAGCAGACCAGUGUUCUCAAGACACUGCUCGACGUCACCAACUCACAUCAAUUGCACAAAGAGAUCAAGUCGGAUUUGGCCAAGCAUCACUCGGCCAAUGUAUCAUACUACCGCUUCGACCCAGUUCUCUCUAAAGAGAUAUCACUCAAGGAUUGCUCUGACAAGGUCAUCAGCCAGAUGCGAUUGGACACUCUGGAAUUCAUCAAUUCCGCCAAGUUCCAGACCAAGUUCCACUCACUCCGCAAGGAGUUGCAAUACAUAAACAAGCUCUGA